AUGAAAAAUAGAAAAAAUAAUGAAUGCAGCAGUUUCUGUGAAAAAGUGUCACAAAGCAAAAUGGUUAGUCCCAAUUCUACUCCUAAGAAGUCGAAAUUAAGUGAGAAAGAGAACUUAGGCAUUUAAGAAUCAUUGUCUAAAUCUAAUAUCUCAGAGCAAGAAUAUAAGGAGAUAAUUGAUUUCAAUAAAGAACUUGGAUCAAAAAUCAAUAGGAACAUGAUUUCUCCUUGCAAUUCAAUCCCUCGGUUCUUUGAUGAUAUGGUUUCCCUAGGUCAAUUAGUCUUAUGGUAAAAUGCAUCGAGAGAGAGGUCUACUUUCACUGAAUAGGCAAAGUUCAUGAAGCAUGACUAUAACACAGAGAAUCUUGCAAUUGAUUUAUUUAAUCACUCAUACUUCAUGGGAAUAUCUUACAUGAUAUCUACCUAAAUUAUUAGACCUACUCCUUAAUCAAUAAUCAAUUGGUUAUUUCACAAUAUUGAAUAGAAAAACAAGAUCUAAAUAUCAAAAUUAUUGACUAAUUUGAAUCUCUAAGAAUAAUCGUAGAUUCUGAAAUUGUUUGUGGAUAGAGUUGUAACCAAUCAAAAUUUAAUUAACUCUUUGCAUAGUUUGUUUAGCAAAUUGUUAGUUCAAAAUGACCCAUAUUUACUGGAUAUCUUGGUGAAGGAGUUUAGCAGAAGAUACUAUGAAUUGAACUUCAAUUCCAAAAGCUAGUCAUUCCCCUUUAAAUCUGAAGAUUCUUUACAUAUGUUUUGUUUUGCGCUUGUGAUCUUUGAUAUUGAUAAUACAAAAUAUGAUAAAGAUUAUGCAUUCAAAAGCUUUUUUUAGAACAUUCAAACAAUCAAUAAUGGUGAUAAUUUCAACUCUAAAUUCAUUUCUGAAAUUAUUGAAUAAUUACAAUACAAGCCUAUAGUGAAUUUAUUGGAUUAAUCUAUUGAUGAAUUACUAAGUACUAAAUUAAGUGCGUAUUGCAAUCCUGUAAAUUUGAUUAAACAAAAACAAACUCACAAUGUUAAUUGGAAAUUAUACUCAAUAGGAGACGCAUACCUACUCACUUCUGAUGGAUAUUUAAAGAUAUUUGAGAAAUCCAAUAGUUAGAUACAAAAAAUGAAUAAUGAAAUACUUAUAACUAGUAAAUAGAACAAAUAGUUGUUGUAUGCGAUUUGCAAGGAUGAAUAAACAUUCAUAUUUAAGUAGAAGAACAUGAAGUUUAAACUAACCAAUCUAAAUGAUACUUUUUGA